AAACCAUGCCAGAAUCUCCGCCACCAUCAUAUAGCCCUCGCCGCCCUCCUCCACCAUACGAAGAGCAGAACAAUCGAAAUGCAAAAAAGGAAUCAACAAUGGGAACGCCGGAACACCACUACAAAGUGUCACCACCGCCAUUUGUCCCACUAACUCAACCGACAGUCAUUGACGUCGAACAACUACAAAAUGUGGUUCUUCCUGGUGGACAACCCAACCCGACAGUAGUUAUCGUAACGACUCCAAAGCCAGCCCCCUCAUUUGCCAGUUAUGAGACUACAUGCUACAGUUGUGGGAAAUACGUACAUACCCUUCCGAAAUUUGUCAUCGGCUCACUAACGUGGAUAGUCUUCAUUCUAGUCCUCAUUUGUUUCUUCCCACUUGCUUUUGUUCCAUUUUGCCUCGACAGUUGCAAAGAUGCUCAUCACUACUGUCCGCGCUGCAAUGCACUUCUUGGUAUCAAGAAGCGCAUUUUCUAAGUGUAUUCUUGUUUAAACCUUCUUUUGUUUCAUGACCAUCACGUUUCCAUAUGCCAAAUAGUCACUGGUAAUCAAUAAGUGUACAUUGCAAAAUUCAUGUUGUCAAUCAAUCCAAAAAAGAAAACAAAACUCGAGUUUUCGAGUUGAAACCAACCUCCCCCAUACAACUUACCAUUCUAUUCAUGAUUUACUCUAGUGAAUGAUUUUUUUGUCUUGUUAUCAAGUAUACAUCAGCUCAGUGUUGAUUUAGGUCGAAUAGGGUCAAAAAGCAUGUACCAAGGAAUUUCAAUAAAUUUCUUCCUAUCAACAUUAUCUGUCUUCUAUCACUGUCUCUUUUCCCAUUGUGAUGUUUGUCCCUUAAAAUCACUUUUUUCUGCUGGUUUUUUUUUCUUAUUUUUCCUAUUUCUCUCACGUUUCCAAGUUUUAAAAUGUUUGUCAUACUUUUAAAUGUUAUCUUUAUUGUACUUAUUUCUGAGAAAGAAAUACAUUUUGAACGUU